ACGUGAGUCGCCUAUCAUUCGCCACAAUGUGACUCUAUUCUGCGAUCUCAAUAUACACAUGCGCUUCCAUAUAACCUGCGCAAAAUAGAAACAGAGCCGGAGAAGAGAGAACGAUCAAGGGAGUUACAUACGUAUCCGAUCUCGGCGUUUUCGUAGCCUUCCAUUGGCGUAACCUUGCCGGUUUCUGGGGACGAACACCCACCUGAGCGACGGAGAAGAGGAUAAAAACCAUCGCCGCCGCUGAGAGAAGGAAAUUGUCGGACCUACGGUAUCCAGAAGAAAAGGACGUCUCCGCUGGCCGUUUCCCUUUCUCCACCAGAAGGAAGUACCACCGCAGGAGAAGACGGAGUGCUGCGCCGGAGAAGAAGAACCAUACCACCAUCUCACCACGUCGCUGGACUGGAACCGACGAAGAAGCUAGCGAACGAAAUACGUAGCAGCAGACUCACCGUCUUUGUGAAAGUAAGAGGAAUAAGGGCGUGGUGCUUCGUUCGUACCAGAAGGAAAAGAAUCCAUUGUCGCCGGAAAGAGAAAGUGCAUCCGAGGCUCGCCGGACCGCACCGUUGCGGCAGAGCGUCUCCAACCUACUGCUGCUACCUGCGUCGGGAAUUGAAGAGACGGCCGUGACCCCUGCUGACCUGCUCAGAAGUUUUGUACAAAGGUGAAUUUGAAGAAGAUCGAGAUAGAAGCUUGGGUUAUGAAUUAUCGUGAUUUGAGGUGUUGAGUUGAUCUCGUUGAAGUUGAUUUCGAGAGAGCUUCCGCUAGAACAUCAAAUUAGUAAAUAAUUGUAUUUUUGGGUGAGAAAUUUGGGGGUGUUACAGGUUUCCCCUUCAUCCCUUCAUCACUGAAUAUCUUGACAUGGUGGGGCUCCCUCCGGACUUGCUGACGCCGAACAGCUACUCGUUGAUGGUGGGGUUCUUGCUCCGCUGUGAGGAGCUGGGCUACAGGCCGGCGACGGCUCUGUUCAUGAAUCUUUAUCAGAUCGGCCGAGGAAGCCACAAAAACUGUGCGGCCUAUGCUACCCUCCAACAGCUGCCGAAGAAGAGGAGCUUCACGGAUUUGCCUUCGUCCAUCCAUGGAUGGAAGAGCAAGUUCAUUUUUGUAUCCCUUGGUGAGAAUGACACUGAGUUUCCCUCUCUCGGCCACGCCGGGAGGUUCAACCUGCAUGACCCACCGAGGAGAUCGAUCUUGGAUGCUCAGGUGGAGGCGUUCUUGGAAGGGGGGCCGAGGAGCGUGAAAGACUACAUCACCGAAUAUAAGAUGACCACCCUCGGCUUCUUAAGAUACUAUGUGUAUGGCGACAAGGAGGACGAUGUCCAACUUUGGCCGAGGAUGACCACUACCUUCGAAGAGGUCGACGGCCCGGAUUUGGGCAUUCCUGCUGAGGCCGAUGAUUUUGUCAUGGAUCGCCGUUCAAUCAUGGCCAUAGCCAAGGCCAAGGCGGCCGAGAAGUUGGCUGGAAAGGCGGCCAAGGCGGCCAGACAUGCCGCGGCCGAGGGGGGCGAGGCUACUACUAGUGCGGCCCCGAAGCCUGCCCAGUCCAAGAAGAAGAGGCCUCCCACUGACGGCCAGAAGAAAUUGACCGAGGCUGGCCUGAAUGUUACUAAGAAGACGAAGAGGGCACCGUCUCCUUCCCAUGCCGAUGAGGCCGGCACUCUGACCGUCCCAAAUGUGGACGAUAGUGGUCCCGUUGUGGAUCUGACCGCUGCUCCAAGCGAUGCUGCCCAAUCGCUCCCUCUUGUCCAGGAGCCACGGACGAAGAGGGCCGGCAAGGAGAUUGCCGCUGCCACCUACCAGAAAAUUGUGGAAUACCCCGUCGGCGGGGGUGUCUUUGACGAUGGCGUCCUCGGCCACGAUGUGCUGGCCCAGGCCAUGCCGGCCAAAGAUCGGGCCUACCUCAAGAGGCUCGGGGACGUCAAGGUGUACGAAGGCGGGAUGGACCUCAUCGUCCAAGGUGCCUUCAUGCUCAUGGAGAGCCACAAGAGGCAGCACCGGGAGAUUGCUCGUCUGAAGGAGCUUGAGCAGAAGGCUGCCUCGGCCGAUGAGGCGGUGGCCUGCUUGGAUCGGCUCUGGGAGGAUGCCAAGGCCUUGCAACAGAGGGCCGAUGAGGCAGCUGCAGCCAGGGACGAUGCCCUGGCCAAACUCGAGGAGAGCCAGAGGGCGCUUGAGGCUGAACGGCGCAAAAAUGAUGAAGCCGUGAAAGCAAAAGCUGAGGCCGAGGCUGCCGCUGUGAAGGCCGCUGAUGAGGCCGUCCAGCAGUUCUUGGCCGAGGGGUGGAAGGCCGACGAGCGGCUCUCCUGGUGUUAUGAAGUGGUGGCCGCCAAGCUUGAAGAUUGGGGAAUGAACUCCCCCGCCGACCAAGAGUACUUUAGCAGGGAAAUGGCUGUGUACUACAACAUGGGCCAAGAGCGGAUGCAGAGGCUCCUGUGUCGGCGGCUAUCGCGUGCCCUCAAAGCCAUGAACUAUACCUCCGGGUGGGCGAGGAGGAACCUGAAGCUUCCCAAGCUCAUGAAGGAUCCCGAGGAGCAGGCCAAGCUUCCUCUUUCGGAGCGGGAGCCCCCAAUCGAGAGUUCCGACCUCAGCGAGCCGGAUUAUGACGAGUUUGACUUCCUGGAUGAUGCCACCAGUUCUGCAGCUGCUGUCGGCCAGGAGACUGAGGCCGAGGAGGGAGCCGAAGAUGCUGAAGAGCAAACCCAGGCUGGGCAUGGAGGCGCCCAAGAGACUUGAUCGGCUACUCCCCGCUCCCUAUCUUGUAAUUAAUUAUCUUCUAUUUUUUGCCAUCUGAUGUAAUGGCCGAAGCGCCCACCAAUGUACAUGAUUGUUUAUGAAUGAACCUUUUGCUGUCCUGCUCGGCUGUUGAAUAUCUUGUAUGUUUAUUCCCUUUUGCUAUUUUAAUUUUGAAAUUUGUC